AAAGAUUAACCUCUCUUCUCCCUCUCUCUCUCUCUCUCUUUUUUUUCUUUUCUUUUAUAGUAGUAGUCUUGUUUAUCAAAAUUAAAUCUCUGGUUCGAUUUAAUUUGAUAGAUUGCUUUUAUUUUAAAAUAAAAAAAAAAAAAAAGAGCCAAACUACUCUCUAUUCUUUCCUUUUUUCUAUUCCCUAUUUUUUUUUUGGCACUUUUUAAAAAAAAAAGAGUUUAAAUGUAUAACGAUUACUACCCACAAGAAACAAGAAAUGACAUGGAGGAGUACUAUUAUUACGAAGAAGAAGAAGAAGACAGUUAUUUUGCAGACUAUGACCGCGAUGUGGCAAAUGCAGUGACUGAAGCCGACUAUCAAGAUUUCGGAGAUGGCAACGCAUACGAUUAUCGAAAUGAUUGCUUACUGGAACUCGUGGUGGGAGUACAAAGCUAUCUGACAGAACAACAAGCUGUUUCUUCUAAAAUACCUGAUUCUCCUUUAUACAAUCUUCAGUAUAAAUUGUAUUCUUAUAUGCGUCAACGAGCUCUUGAACUUGGCGCGCACUUUUAAUAUCUCUUAUCCCCCAAUCACACACACUCAUCCCCCGUAUACAUAUAUUUCCCAAAACAAUCUACAUAUUUUAUCCCACACCCCUUCCCUUUUUGAAUUUAUUAGAGUUUUUUUUUAACCCUUUUCUCGUCUCCCCCAUCUCUAUAUAUAUAUUACCAGAAAAGGACCUAAUAAAUUGUUAAAAUAACAGAUCAUCUGAACACAUUGUUUUCUGCACAGAUAAAA